UCUCUUCCCAUUUAAUGUCAUAAUUCAGACCUGUACUCAACUGGGGUUGAUAUUAACUACUGUUCAGUUACUCAUAUGGGAGGAAAAAGAAUAUGGUAUCUAAGUAUCUUGUUCCCCUGUGAGUGUUUGUAUUUGCAUGGCACUUGCAGUCUCUAAGUGAGACCAAGGCCUCAUUUAAUUAGCAGUGUGCAUGUAUUAAAACCCACAAAGGUAUAUUAACACGCAUUUUUAUACACAUACACACACACAUUUUAAUGAUAUGACAUCUGUCCUUUGAGUCUAAAUGGUCAAGAGAAAUAAAGGUGAAGAGAAGAAAAUAUUUUCCCUGAAAGAAAACAGGUAGAGAAAGCUUAACUGAAUCUUGGAAGUAUAAAUUAUGGUAAGGAGACAGGAUGGCAGUAGCAUUCAGCAGGUCCCUGUCCCAUCAUUGCGAACGUUUCUUUAUUGCAACAUGUUCUACAACUGAUAGAAUGUUAAGAAAAAAAAUAUUUCUCAAACUCUUUAUUUCAAAUUCUUAUACUUCAUAUAGAAUUUUUGAGGGGGAGAGAAUAAUCUGACAUAUAUAUAACAUUCUAAUAUCCAGCUGAAAUAAAAAGGAAAGUGGCAAAAAAAAAAAGACUGUGAAGUCAUAAAGCAGAAAAUGAAAGUGUUCUCAAAAGCAUACACAAGGGGGAAAACCUUAAAAACCAAAAAAUGAUGAACGAAAACUUCUUCUACAGAAUAAUUAAAUUUCAAGAUUUUGAAGAAACAGGAGCCUACGAAUGCCUUCAAAGUAUCCUAGUCUGUCUCAGAAUUUAUACACAGGAAAGGAGGAAUAUUAGAGCCUGCUUUAUCAUGAAUGCUUUUGGUUUGAUACAAAUUGGCCUCAUACUGUUGUGCACCACCAUCAUCUGCAAUCAUCAGUGCAACCAUCUUCUAUUACAGCAAAGAAAAGUGACUGAAAACAGCCUGCAACUUUUGGACAAAAUGGGCAAAAACUUUCCUCAACGAUGUCUAAGAGAGAAAAUGUCCUUCAGAUUUCCUAAGCAGGUUCUACAGCCCAGACAGAAAGAGACUGUCAGAGUUGCCAUUGAAGAGAUCUUCCAACAUAUAUUCUAUAUCUUUAGCAAAAAUCUAACUCUGGCUGCUUGGGAUAGGACAGCUUUGGAUCAGUUCCAAAACGGACUUUAUCAGCAAAUUGAGCAAUUGGAGGCAUGUGUAAUCAAAAAGCACACCCACUACUGUUGGAGUAAAGAAGUAAGCAGGCUGAAACUGAAAAAAUAUUUCCAAAAAAUAGAUUGUUUUCUUAAAGACAAACAACACAACCUGUGCUCCUGGGAGAUCAGCCGUGCAGAAAUGAGGAGAUGUCUCCAACUGAUUGAUAAAGUGACAAGGAAACUUAACAACUAAGGGUGUACAUGCUUUCCUGGCUACCACUCAUCAAUGCGAGCUAAAGAAGCAAUAGGAGAGAUGGGUAUCAGGUAUGAAGCUCAAACACUGGAAAUAAAACCAGCUAGCAACUUCACCACUCUCCAGAACAACAUAAAAGACCAAAGAAACAGACUGAAAUACUGGAGUAAUUUUUCAUUCUGUUGACACCCUGUCACAAACAUUACAGCAAAAAGUGUAUUUUUUGGGCUUUGUAACUAACGACACUUGAAAUGGCCACCACCAUGGGACUGUUUCAAAUCUUAUUUCUGUUGCUUGUUUUUUGUACUUCUUCAAACCUGUACAAUAAAAGGACAUUCAGCCUACUUACCCUUCUGGUUCUGACAUCCUUAGGUGGCUUCUG